UGAGGUUAUGUGAUAGAGGAACGCGUGGAUGAAUUUAUGAUAGAAAUAUAUAUAUUGAAGUAAGCAUAAGUAUAAGUGUAUGCUGAUCUAAAUCCUCAUUCUAGCAGUGUUACAUUACAACAACUGACAUUACUAAAAAAUUAACCUUGACAUUGUAACCCAAAAACAACAUUCAUAUUCAAGGGCACAAUAAUAUGGACCUCUCCAUUUUUAAUUUUUUGCUUCAGUAAAUUUUAUUUUCUUCGUAACGGCCGUUUCCAGGUCACGGGUAUACAAAAGAGAAAGAUUUGGAGUUUUCCUAGAAGUAAUUAUUUCAACAAUAUAUAUAUAGUAUUUUUCUCAAUAUAUAUAUAUAGUAAUACUAUAUAUAUAUAGUAGUAUAUAUAUAGUAUUUUCAAAUUUUAAUGUAGAAGACUUAUAUUAAUAAUUAUGUUAAUAAAAUCAAAUGUAUCAUUUUAGUGAUUAUUUUUAUUAAAAGCAGUUAAUUAAUUAACCGUUUUAGUGUCAGGGGUUUUUAAGAAUUCGUUCGGAUUGUCCCAUGCAGCGCGAUAGCGUUUCGUUUAUUUAUUUGCGAGAAAUGCCGAUCGACGCGAUCGCGCUACUCGUUUUUUUCGUUAAAAUAUUCGCUCAACGCGCUCGCGUUUCGUUUCAUCAGUCAUAUCAGAAACGUUAUACUAAACAUUCAAAAGGUUGCGAAAUAUUCGUGCUUUACGUUUUGUUUGCGUGAUAACAUUCUAUAAUAUAGGAUUUGGUUUUUCAAUUCAAGAGAGAUAACAAGUUUAGAUGUCGACUGAUUGACUAACAAACUGAGAUGUAUUCUGGUCGAAAGGAUGAUAGCAAGUAAGAAUAUGGUCUGUGACGGCGAUAUUUAUACGAAAAUAUUGAUGAAUAUUGGCCGUUCUCCACCAACGGUUACUCGAGGGUGGAGUUGAGAAAACCCCGCUUUUCCCUUGUUUUAUCGCAAUGAACAAUAACCCUAAGAAACUUCUCAACUUUUAAAAUGUUUAUAACAAUGGACUGUAAAAAAUGCUAAAUUUUAUGGCGGUUCCUUAGGAUUAUUAUGGGCCUGAAUUGAUAUGUCUUGACAACUGGUGGUCAUCUUAAUCGAGGGAUGCGAUUAUGUUUUAUGACAAGAUUACAGGGCAAUGGAUACGAAAAAGAAAAGAACGAAGUCAAGUUGGAGACCUAAUUCAACUUCUGAAUCUGACGAUAGCAGUAGUAAGAUCGUUCCAGUUUCAAAAAGAAGGAGAAUAGACGUUUUUGAUACAUCUAGUAGCGAAGAUAGUAUUCCAUGCAGUUUUAUCUGUUCUGCUACAUCUGCAAGUGCUUCUAUUAAUGAUAUAGGUGAACAAGAGAAUUUAUUUUCCUUUACUGAAGGCACUGGGCCACAGCCAUCGCUAACUAACAAAUCUAAACCUAUCGAUUAUUUUAAUUUGUUCAUCGAUUCAUUCCUGCUAACAUUAAUGGUUCGCGAAACGAAUAAGUACGCCGAACAAUUAAUAAAAUCACGUAAAAUCACCCAAAGAUCUCGAAUGAAACUAUGGAAACCAGUUACUUUGCUCGAAAUAAAGGCGUUUAUAGCAGUUUUAUUGGAAAUGGGGAUAACGAGGCGACCAACGAUAUUUUCUUAUUGGACCGAAAAUUCAAGGAGCAUACCCUGGUUUUCAAAAAUGUUUUCGCGAAAUAGAUUCCAGCUUAUUUAUCAAUGUUUUCAUUUAGUCGAUAAUAAAGAAUGUUUCCCACCAGGCCAUGAAAAGUACGACCCAUGCCUAAAAUUUAUGCCAAUAGUUGAACACGCGAAUAGAGUAUCCAAAUUAAUUUCGACGCAUGCUUCAAAUGACAAUACCAUAGUAAUUAAAAAACGAAAUGAAAACGAAAGAAGUGGAGCAAAACCAUACAUAGGUUAUGAUAGUUAUAUGAGGGGAGUUGGCAAAUCGGACAAAAUGUUAUACGUCUAUCUUGAUGAACGCCGCACGGAAGUUAGCAAAAAGAAGCCAAUGACUCGAUUGGAAUUUACAUCAAGUAUUAUAUCUGAAAUAGAGCAUGAAUGGAUGCAAGUCAAAAAACAACAUAUGUUUAAGUGUCUUCCAUGUCCAUGGGCUCAAGAGCGGAUGAAUCUCAAAGAUAGUACUUCGACGAGCAAUUUCACCCAUCAGGGUAAGCAAGGAAGGAUAUCCAAGAAUAGAGAAGAGUGGACAGGCGUCGAAAUUGCGAUCGAAGAUGAGUUUUUUUGAGCGGAUCAAUUUUAUCUAUUUUUGAGAGAUAAUUUUCUUGUAUUCUUGACAAGCUAACUUCUGAAUAAAUCUUAGCUUUAAAAUAAAAGAUUUUUCAAUUUUCGCGCACUCCAGAGAGCAGGGCGGUUCAGAGCUCCACGCUCCAACUCACUCACCAUUUUUCCCCAAAACCGCAAACGUAACAUGACAAUUCAAAGUUGAAUUUUUUUUUUUGGUGUAAUAUUAAUGUAGAUAGAUAUUUGGGAAAUUAACACUAAUAUACUGAACACAGCCACAUAAAUAGGUCUUAACACUAAUAUACCGAAAGCAUAGAAAAAACCAUCCGAUAAUUGAGUCGUGAAAAAUCGACAUAGUAGAUAAGAGGUAUCGUUCUGUCCAUGCAUAAUAUGUACUGAAUUUAUCAGACAGAACCAGAGACCCUCUAUUUGUCCCUGUUUGAACAACAACGAAAACUUAGUUGCCUUCCAUGUUGCUUUUUCAUGACCCAAUUUUCGGGCACGUUUGAUCUCAGCACGGCCCAUAAUGUGACAUGAAGUGGACAAAAAUCAAAAUAAUUAUUAUUCGAUUUUGAUCUCAUUAUUCGAUGAUAUCAUCAGUCUAUAAGUAAGUAAUAUAAGUAAUACUGAAAGAAAAAUAAAACAAACUCAAAGUUGAAUUUCUGUUUGGAAAAAUUCCCUAAAAUGUCACUAUAAAUAUGUUUACUAUUGUCAAAACUGUCUUUGAAGAGUUCAGGAUGCAGAAAUUUAAAUUUGAACACUUAGUUUACAUUCAACGGCCAGUAAUGGAUGUUCGUAUGUAAGUUAGUAAAGUUUACUAUGGUGUUUAAUAAAAGAGAUUUGGCGAAAGCAUUUUCGCCAAACAAAGUUAAAAAGUUGCCAAAGAAACGAAUUUCAAACAAUUCAACAAAGCCAAGCACAAGUGGAAGCCCAAGUUUAUCCAUACAAACUGAAUCUGGUUCACAGACGAGUAUUAAAGUAAUCGUAAGAAUACGACCGCAAAAUGAGCACGAACAGCAGGGCAAUUGUAAAACUGUUUUGAAGAUCGUUGACGAUAAAAUGCUAAUUUUCGAUCCUAAAGAAGAGGAGAAUCCAUUUUUUUAUCAUGGUGUUGCUCAGAAAGGUCGUGAUUUGCUUAAGAAACAAAAUAAAGAAUUGCAAUUCAUCUUUGACAAAAUAUUUGACAUGACGUCGAAUAACAGUGAUGUAUUUGAAGGAAGUACGAAAGAUUUGAUUUGCAAUCUUUUGGAUGGUUAUAAUUGUUCUGUAUUUGCAUAUGGAGCAACUGGUGCUGGAAAAACUCAUACUAUGCUUGGUAGUAGCAAUGAUCCUGGUAUCACAUACAGGACAGUCGCAGAAUUAUUUUAUCAAAUAGAACAGCAGAGUGAUCAACGUGAAUUUAAUUUAGGUGUAACGUAUUUAGAAAUUUAUAAUGAAAAUGUGCAAGAUCUUUUACAUAAAUCUGGUCCUUUGCAUUUAAGAGACGAUGGUAGAUAUGGAGUAAUUGUUGCUGGUCUUAAAAUAAUUGCUAUUCAGAAUGCUGAAGAAUUAUUGACACUUUUAGCAAAAGGCAAUAAAAAUCGCACUCAACAUCCUACUGAUGCAAAUGAGGAAAGUAGCAGAAGUCACGCAGUUUUUCAAGUUUAUAUUAAUAUCACCAACAAAAUGGAUGGUCAAGUACGACAAGUUAAACUGUCUAUGAUUGAUUUAGCUGGUUCUGAAAGAGCUUCUGCUACAGGUUGUAAAGGGGCAAGGUUUAAAGAAGGUGCAAAUAUUAAUAAAUCUUUAUUGGCUCUAGGCAACUGCAUUAAUAAGUUAGCAGAUGGUGCAAAACAUAUAACAUACAGAGAUUCUAAAUUGACUCGUCUCUUAAAAGACUCAUUAGGUGGAAAUUGUCAGACAGUUAUGAUAGCUAACAUAGCACCUUCUAGCUUUAGUUAUGAGGAUACAUACAAUACAUUGAGAUAUGCAAAUAGAGCAAAGAAGAUCAAAACUCAUAUAAAGAAAAAUAUUCUAUCCUGUGAAAUGCAUGUAACUGCAUAUAUAAAAAUGGUUGAAGAACAAAAGAAAGAAAUAAAUUAUCUAAAACAAAAGCUAUUAGCAUUUGAAAAUAGUUCGCAGCAUGUAUUACCACAGGGUCAAGGUAAUAACAUUAAUGAGGAAAUAGAUAAAGCUGCACUAAUUGAUAGCAAUAAAUUAAUUGAAUUACUUCAAAAAAAGAGAAUUCUGAAUGAAAAAGUCCUUUCAUUAGAAAGCGCAGACAAGAUAUUAUGCUGUAGAAUUCAAUAUAAGAAAGCAGCAGAUGAAAGAUUGCAUAAUCUAACAGCAGCUGUUGAUACUUUGACGCUUGAAGAACAAAAUGCAAGUGGUAAAUCAAGAGUUAAUAAAUCACUGCAUUACUUUGAACGACAAAGAGAUUCGUUAAAGAUACAGAUGGAAGCAGCAUGGGAAGAACUGUGUUCAGUAGAAACAGAAAUACAAAAACUGUAUGCGGAAGCAAAGUUAAAGAAACUUAUAAAAUUAGAAGAUAUGUUUGCACUACAAACUAGUGAAAUAGAAAAUUCUAGAUUACAACAACAGUAUGAACAUGCAAAGAAAGUAAAUAAUCUUCAACAAUGUGAAAUAGAGUCUUAUUAUUCAAUGAUUAAAAUGAUGAGUACAACAUUACAAAAUUAUUAUAACAUGAUGAGAGGAUAUGGAACCAUGACAGAUACAAUGAAGGAAGAAUUUAAACAGCUGAUCAAAUUAUUGGAAGGAGUGAGAAAUAUAAAAUGGUCAGAUAUGGAAACAACUAAACAUGAGGAGUGUUUUUAUAACUUGACAUGCCUUAGUGUACCCCAUUUAAUGGAUCCCCUUAAUAGUAAGAUACCUAUAUAUGUAUUACAACCUUUAAAUGAUCAAGAUGCAUUGGAUGCAACUUUCAAUACAUUUUGUUCUGAAAAAGAAGUGUUUGAUACACAGAAUGUAACUAUCACAUUGGAAGAAGAAUCAACCAUGGAUUGUAAUACUGAUAUGAAAGUAAUAAAGGAAAAUACAGAAGAAGGACAAAAUGUAAAUUGUAUACAAGAAAAAGUUAAAAAGCGUGUCCUUUCAGAUAAAAAUAAUAUGAAUGUAACAAAAACUCCUAUCAAACAAGCAAGGAAGAUAUCCCCUAAAUGUAAGGAUAUUACAAUCUGUACAAUAGGAAUUCAAGAUAAAGAAAAUAAAAAGUAUAUGCAAAAGCCACAUGUAACAAUGAGCGCUAAAAGUAUAACCAUAUUAAAUAAGUUAAAAGCAGAUAAACUCAAGAAAGAAAAUCUUGAUAUAAAUACAUCAAAUAGAGGAUUGAAAGCAGUAAGGGAGAAAGAAAGAAGGAGAUUAAUGUCAACGCAUCCCUAUCAAAAACUAAAAGAAAAACAAAAAUUCUGUCCAGUUCUACCUUCGUCAAAAAUUCCAUGAUAGCGAUAGUAAUAAUAUGAAAAGUAAUUUAACAACAAACAAAUGUAUAUGUAAUCUUUUAUGUUGGAGCCAGAAAGACAAUAGAUGGAGGUCUGACUAAAUAUUUUAUAUUUUUAGUGACAUAUAAGUACAAAAAAUUUAUAGCAUAAAGUAACAUUAUAAUAAGCAUAAAAAUGACAUUGUAAUAAGAAAAAUAAUAAUUAUAAAAUCUUGAAGAUGUUAGUUAUAAAAUUGAAAUUAUAUAAAAUUAUGCAAUGUUAUAAAGGUGCGAAUGUACCUUCCAAUUGUAUUUGUUUAGUAAAAGUAUUUGUGGAUUUA